GACGUUCUCUGCUCUGCACCCAGCAGUAUAAAAGGUGGCAGCGAUCAAUAGCUCGGCACCAGAAGCUCUCUGACCCGGACCAGACAACAGCUCAGAGUCACUGCUGCCGACAAAGACGAAGACAUGGUGUCAAUCAAAGCUACAGCGACGGUGCUCACGCUCCUCUCAGCUUGUCUGCUGGCCACUAACGUGUCUGCAGUUAAUCAUGGAUGCUGUCGGAGUUACAUGACAGCCAGGAUUCCAUUUUCUAGGAUCCAGGGGUACUCAGUUCAGACUAUGACAGAAAUGUGUCAUAUCAAUGCCAUCAUUUUCCACACAAAGAAGGGGAAAGCGUGCACGAAUCCCGCUCUCCACUGGGUCAUGCAGUACGUCAACCAUUUAAGAAUUAAAGCACAGUUGGUUCACUUAAAGACCUCACAAGCGAACGUGUAGAGUUCUUCUGCUCUUUGGACGGAUGAUGGAGCCCGUUUCUCCCUGCUAUCCAGAUCGGAUGAUUAGAAAUUAGAAGGCAUUAGCUCAGUUGUAGGAGCAUUGUAUAUUAUGAUAAAAAUGUUCAUGUUGUUUUCUAAUGUGAAAUGUUGUACUUGUAAAAGACUUGUGUAAAACCAUUAAAGUAACAAAAAAUGAAAUUGUGUCAGGUCUCUCUAUGAAAACACUCCUCUGUGUAUGUAGGGACACUUACAUACACAGAGGAGUGUGACACACAGAACUGAAAUAAUCAGACAAAGCACUCCUGUCUGACUUUACCUUAACUUCCUGUUUCUAUUUGUCGAGGCGAGAAAUUCCAGCUCUGUAGUUUUUGUGUACGAAUAGUUUG